AUGCAUUUCUUAUUCAGCUUAGUCUUUGUUUUUCACGUUUGGGGCUUUUUUACCAUUAUGGGACAAAAGAUAGCUGAGGGCAUAGACGAAGUGAAAAUAGAAGUUUUGCAUCGUCCAGAAAACUGCUCUAAAACAAGCAAGAAGGGCGACCUGCUAAAUGCCCAUUACGAUGGCUACUUGGCCAAAGACGGCGUGAAAUUCUACUGCAGCCGAACACAAAAUGAAGGCCACCCCAAAUGGUUUGUUCUUGGUGUUGGGCAAGUAAUAAAAGGAUUAGACAUUGCUAUGAUGGAUAUGUGUCCUGGAGAGAAACGAAAAGUAAUUAUACCGCCUUCAUUUGCAUACGGAAAGGAAGGCUACGUGGAAGGCAAGAUUCCUCCUGAUGCAACACUGAUUUUUGAGAUUGAACUUUACGCUGUGACCAAAGGACCACGGAGCAUUGAAACAUUUAAGCAAAUAGACGUGGACAGUGACAGGCAACUCUCUAAAGACGAGAUAAAUCAUUACUUGGAAAAGGAAUUUGAAAAAGAUGAGAAGCCACAUGACAAGUCCUAUCAGAAUGCAGUUUUAGAAGAUAUUUUCAAGAAGAAUGACCAUGAUGGUGAUGGCUUCAUUUCUUCCAAGGAAUACAAUGUAUAUCAGCAUGAUGAGCUAUAGCAUAUUUGUAUUUCUACAUUUUCUUAGCUACAUAUUGUACUUUUAUAAAUAAAACAAAGUAACUUUUCUCCAAGUUUAAUAUUUUCCCCCCAUCAAAUUUAUUUUGAUCCCCAUCAAUGCAUGUAAUUUUAGUACAAUAAAUGUGAGGCUAAUUUUUCAAACUUAA